UCGAUCGUCAUACCUCCCACUUCCAGACUCCAAACCCUAAUCUCUCCUCUCUCGCCCUUCUCCCACCGGAACUCGCCGGAAUCGCCGUUUAGCGUAGUUUUUUUUGCCCAUUGACUUCGCCGGGUUAUCCAACAAUCAGCAUAUCCAAGUUGAGAAAGAGUAACUUUGCUUUUGUCUUUGUAAGAGAGCUAAAAUCAAGAGGUGGAUCUGAACUUUGGGCUGAGAGAGAGAGAGGAGAAUGGGGAAGACGACAUACAAGAGGCUUAAGGGGAGCCAGAACCUUAGGCAGAGGCUUUUGCUGGCCACACUCUCAUCUAGUCCUGUUUUGAUUGAGGAUAUCCGUGCCGACGAUACACUGCCUGGCCUCCGUCAACAUGAGGUCUCCCUCCUUCGGUUGUUUGAGAAGGUCUCUGAUGAUUGCGUCAUUGAAAUUAACGAAACUGGGACCAAAUUGAAGUACAAGCCCGGCAUUGUGAUGGGUGGGAGACAUCUUGUCCAUGACUGUGGUGUCAGUCGGUCCAUUGGCUAUUUCUUGGAGCCACUGAUUUUGCUUGGUUUGUUUGCAAAGAAACCCCUCACUAUAAGGCUAAAAGGUAUUACAAACGAUUCUAAGGAUCCAUCUGUGGAUUCUUUCCGGUCUACUACCUUGCCCUUGUUAAAGCGUUUCGGAGUUCCUUCAGAAGGAUUAAAUCUAAAAAUAGAGAGUCGUGGAUCUCCUCCUCAUGGAGGUGGAGAAGUUGUUUUGACAAUUCCUGUUGUUCAAAGUCUGAAUGCGGUCACCUGGACUGAUGUUGGAAUGGUCAAAAGGAUCAGAGGAGUUACUUUCUCGACCAGGGUGUCUUCCCAGUUUGAAAAUACCAUGAUACAUGCUGCUCGUGGAAUUUUUAAUCACUUUAUUCCUGAUGUUCACAUCUUUACUGAUCACAAGGCAGGCACACAAGCUGGAAACUCACCUGGUUAUGGAAUUUCACUUGUCGCGGAAACUAAUGCCGGUUGCUUCAUCUCAGCUGAUACUGCUAUUGCUUAUGCACGGGAAGAAGAAACAGGUGACAUUGAAGAUGAGAAGAAAGAGUUAAUGCCUCCCGAAUAUGUUGGUGAGCAAAUUGCUUCUAUUCUACUCGGGGAAAUCGAGCAAGGUGGUGUGGUAGAUUCGACACAUCAGGGAUUGUUAUUUCUUCUGUGUGCAUUAUGUCCACAAGAUGUUUCAAAGGUUCGCUCCGCAAAGCUUUCACCAUAUGGAAUAGAAAUGCUCAGACAUAUAAGAGAUUUCCUUGGUGUUAAAUUUGUUAUAAAGCCAGAUCCAUUCACAGGGACUGUUAUACUUAAAUGUCUUGGUUGUGGAUUGAAGAACCUAAAUCGAAAGGUCUCAUGAUGACAGCUUGUUCGAGUUAUCGAUUAUUAUAAGUUGAUGCGUUGAACUGUUGUUAAAGGGCUCUCUCCAUUUAUCGACAUGGAAACAAUUUUGUACUCAUGCUUCAUCAUGUCUUUGAGUGGAUAAACUUGAUGUUAUCCUGUUAACAAAAUGGCGAUACCUUAGACAGUGAUGUUGGUGGGUGGAGUGGUUUUUUUGUUAUUUGUUUGGUUUUUUUGCACCUGAGUUUGUAUUUUUUUGUGUAAUUUUUUUAUAACUCUUCGGUGUCCCUGAGAAUGUUUCUACGAUAUUCAUCCGU